GCUCCGCGCCGCUCCCUCGGGGGCCGCGGCUGGGUCUCGGACUCGGGGCAGCUUUUCAAGUUUUGUUUUCGGGUGCAAUUCGCGCGGGGACGCGCCCUAGCCCACCGCCGCCAUGGAUGCCAUCAAGAAAAAGAUGCAGAUGCUGAAGCUGGACAAGGAGAACGCCUUGGACAGAGCCGAGCAAGCCGAGGCGGACAAGAAGGCAGCGGAGGAGAGAAGCAAGCAGUUAGAGGAUGACAUUGUGCAAUUGGAAAAGCAAUUGCAUGUGACGGAGGAUGCAAGGGACCAAGUGCUGGAAGAGCUACACAAGUCUGAGGAUAGCCUCCUCUCCGCAGAGGAGAAUGCUGCCAAGCUGGAGGACGAGCUGGUGGCUCUACAAAAGAAGCUGAAGGGCACUGAGGAUGAGCUGGACAAAUACUCCGAGUCCCUUAAAGAUGCACAGGAAAAGUUGGAACUGGCUGACAAAAAGGCCACAGAUGCUGAGAGUGAAGUAGCUUCUCUGAACAGACGCAUCCAGCUGGUUGAGGAAGAGUUGGAUCGGGCUCAGGAGCGCUUGGCUACUGCCCUGCAGAAGCUGGAGGAGGCAGAGAAGGCUGCAGAUGAGAGUGAAAGAGGAAUGAAGGUCAUUGAAAAUAGAGCCCAGAAGGAUGAAGAGAAGAUGGAAAUCCAAGAGAUCCAGCUUAAAGAAGCUAAGCACAUUGCUGAAGAGGCUGACCGCAAGUAUGAAGAGGUGGCUCGUAAGCUUGUGAUCAUUGAGAGUGACCUGGAGCGGGCUGAGGAACGUGCUGAACUAUCAGAAAGCAAAUGUGCUGAGCUUGAAGAGGAGUUGAAAACUGUGACCAACAACCUGAAGUCGCUGGAGGCUCAGGCUGAGAAGUACUCGCAGAAGGAAGACAAAUAUGAAGAGGAGAUUAAAGUCCUGACUGACAAACUGAAGGAGGCUGAGACCCGUGCUGAAUUUGCUGAGAGGUCAGUAACCAAGCUGGAGAAGAGCAUUGAUGACCUAGAAGAGAAAGUGGCGCAUGCCAAAGAAGAAAACCUUAGUAUGCAUCAGAUGCUGGAUCAAACUUUACUGGAGUUAAACAACAUGUGAAAACCUUCUUAGCAGCAACCACAUUAUUUGUUUUAUUAUUUUUACACCUGCUUGCCGUGAAACCCCAUAAAUGUGUCUUUAUUUUAGUUUCGCCACAUUCACAAGAACAUCUGCUAAAUUAUCAGGCAGGGGUCAGGGAAACACCAAAAUGGGCAAGCCAUAUGCGGGUUAAGCUAUAUUACGUUAUGGUUUAAAUGUGCCAUUUCCCAACAAAAAUGUUACCUACACUUUGUAGAGAGUUCAGCAAUUGAGUAUGCUUAGUCUUUGAAGAAUCCUGGCUGUGGCAGAAAGUGUCCCACCUCAAGUGCCAACUACAAUUUUUAACAAGAAUAAUGAUUCCUAUUCAAGAGAGAUCAGGUGGAAAUGGUGCUAUUUUGAACAAAAGGUUCUACUAAAGUCUUUUGUUUGAUAUCAGACAAGUCAGGAGUUAUGCAGAACAGUAAUUUAUUAUUAUCAGAAUUUUAUUGAUCUGUGAGGAUUUGGACUUUCUGUGCCUUCUAAUUCAAUAAAACGAAGGUAUGUAAGCAACAGAGAAAAG